AUGCAAGAUGAAGAAAGAUACAUGACAUUGAACGUGCAGUCCAGGAAGAGAAGCUCCAUCCAAACGUCCCAACUUCCAUUUGAAGAUUGUUCAGUGACAUUGCAGUGGUACAAAAUCUUAUUGGGAAUAUCUGGAACAGUAAAUGGUGUCCUGGCUUUGACUUUGAUCUGCCUGAUCCUGUUGGUUUCUCAGGGAGUGUUGCUAAAAUGCCAUAAAGCAAAUAAUUCUAAUAUCACCCAGCAUGAUGAAAUUGGAAAUUUGAACAUGAAUAAUGGCACAAGAGGAAAUAGUGGUGAGGGCCCAGGCCAGUGUGCCUCAGGAGCUGCACACCACACAGUACUAUGCCCAUUGGAAUGGCUCAAAUAUCAAGAAAAAUGUUAUUGGUUCUCUGAUGAGAUGAAAAAUUGGAGUGACAGUUAUAUGUAUUGUUUGGGAAGAAAAUCUCAUCUAUUAAUAAUACAGAACCAACUUGAAAUGGCUUUUAUACAGAAAAACCUAAGACAAUCAAACUACGUGUGGAUUGGGCUUAACUUUACAUCUUUGAAGAAGACAUGGACUUGGGUGGAUGGCUCUCCAUUAGAUCCGAAGAUAUUCUUCAUAAAGGGGCCAGCUAAGGAAAACAGCUGUGCUGCUACCAAGGAAAAUAAAGUAUAUUCUGAAACCUGCAGCAGUGUUUUCAAAUGGAUUUGCCAAUAUUAG